AGCCCGACAGGCUAGCAGCGGAAAACACGGUCCGACCGCAGCAAACUUGGUUUUCGGCGUGAAAAAAGUGCGUUUGGACGGAACCUCGCACCCCGCAGUGAACCCCCGAGGACCACCCAUGGAUCUAAACCUCUUUUCACCGCUUCAUCUGCGCGAACACGAGCGUUAGACACAUUUGAAAGAAGUUGUGAUUGUUUUUUUUUUGGCGCUCUGGCAGCAGCAGAGGAAAGAUGGAGGCUCUGCUGGUGUAGCUAGCAGCGGGCUAACGCUAGCUGGCUUGUUGGUUCACUGGCCAGCGUCGUUUUUUUUUUUUAGGGACAAAUUCAAAGCUGCUUCACCAAACUGUGUGUGAAUGUCCGGGAAGUGUGGACGCUGUAAUUCAUCACGCUAACUCUGCCUCAGCUGCUGUUCAUGUCUGCUGAUCAACUCCAGCAUGAGAGUCCCCCAGGCUCUGAGGAUGGAACCAGGGCUACUGGAGGCAGGAUCUAGACAUCAGAUGGUGCUCUGAAGAAGCCAUGGGUAGCUGUCUAAGCUGUCCAGAGAAAGAGUCAAUUCCAGAUAAUCAUCAAAGCAAAUUUAAGGUGAUCAACGUGGACGACGAUGGGAACGAGUUGGGUUCAGGUGUGAUGGAGCUGACCGAUGCCGAGCUCGUCCUCCACACCCAUCGCCGUGACGACGUCAGGUGGCCGUACCUGUGCCUGCGGCGCUAUGGUUACGACUCCAACCUCUUCUCGUUUGAGAGCGGCCGGCGCUGCCAGACGGGUCAAGGUAUUUUUGCCUUCAAGUGUUCUCGAGCUGAAGAGAUCUUCAACAUGCUGCAGGAGGUGAUGCACAGCCACAGCAUCAGCGUGGUGGAGGAGGCGGUGCUGGAGCCCAACCACCAGGCAGCACACACUCCUGCAGCUCUGGGCUACUCGGUGCCCACCGUGCCAAACGGCGUGACCCGGAUCCCGUCGGUGGGCGAGGCUCCGUCUCACCCCUCCACCCGCCACCCGUCUGUGGCCAGCACCCGCCUGCCCUCUGUGGGAGAGGAGUCCACGCAUCCUCUGCUGGUGGCUGAUGAAGCGGUUCACACCUACGUGAACACCACGGGGCUCCUGGAGGACCAGCCCAGCCCGCUGACCAUGAUCACGCCUCUGGAGAGUCCCACCUCUCCCCAGUCUCAGUGUCCUCCGACCCCGCCGCCUCCUCCGAGGGCCCGCACAGAGCCGCCGCCGCCGCCGCCGCCGCCCGCCCAGCCGGAGCCCCAGGUGCUGCUGGAGCCUCAGGGGGUGCGCUUCGUGCUGGGCCCCACCCCCGUUCAGAGGCAGCUGAUGGAGAAGGAGAAGAGGCAGCAGGAGGCCAAGGAGACCGAGGAGCCCCGAGAGACUAACGGCCACACAGAGGCCGAGCCCACUCCCCCGCUCUCCAACGGCUCCUCCUCCAACCCUUCCACAGCUCCUCGCCGACACCGCCCGCCCCCGCUCACCCCGGACCUGCAGAAUGUCAAUAACUCGGCCCAGCGGCGCACCGCCCUGCUGGACUACGAGAACCUGCCGGCGCUGCCGCCGGUGUGGGAGGCGAGGAAGCCGAGCUCGGAGGAGGAGGAGAACGGCUCCAGCGGCCUGAAGACGCCGUCGCUCAACGGCUACAACCACCACCCCCACCACGGCGUGCUGCACCACUCCUACUCCCACCCUCUCUCCGCCGCCCUCGAGUCAUCGCACAACUACGUCAACACCGAGAACGUGACGGCGCCACUGAGCGCCCACCGGCCCGACACGGCCCGUCGCCGCACAGACGGACCCACCAUCUUCAACUUCGACUUCCGCCGGCCGCCGCUGCCGGGCCACCCGGAGCCGCCCAAAACCCUCAACUACAUCGAGGUGGAGAUGGACAACAGCGCCGGGAACAAGGGCGCUUCAGACGGCAGCAACCCCCACACGCCCCGCACCCCCACCUCCCCGCUGCCCCCCUCCACCCCCACCCGCCGCACCGAGCUCUACGCCCUCAUCGACAUCGAGCGCACCGCCGCCAUGUCCAACCUGCAGAAGGCUCGGCCGCGAGACGACGGCACGUCGCGCAAGACGCGACACAACAGCACGGAGCUGCCCACCAAAAGCACUGCGUGACACGCACCUUCCACUUCCUGUUAACCCUUUGUGUCGAUGGACGGAGCUUCUUUAGAUUCCCGCACGGAGACGCAGUGACAGACUCCACCCGACCGGGUCUUACAUGAGUUAAUGACUUCCUGUGCGGUCACCUGUUCAGGUGGACCGUCGCAGAUGAACCUAGGUACUUGCCAUAGAGCAGUUUGGUCCUCCGGCGGUGUGAUACCUCUGAUGUUGCCUCGCUCUGCGGAGCGUGGGCUCCAUGUUGAUAAGACUGCAUUCCUCCUCCUUAUAUGGUACAAAUCAGUAUUACUGAACAAAGCAUUCCAUUUAGCCUUUUUUAUAUGACUCACUACAUGCUGCUGUAAUUCAGUAUCUAAGGACGACAUGGUACACUACAUUAUGUUUCUGAAUAUGUACAGUAGAUUCUGGCACAAUAAAUGUCUGUUCUGUUUUUAUCUGUA